AUGCCCACUUUUCGGCCUGAUCUCCCACUGGACUUUCAGCAACACAGGGAGCGGCAAAAGCAAUUCUGGAAGCCUCGGAAGCGAGGUGCGAGAGGUGGCACACUUGUCCGGCUACGGCGCCGCAUCCACCGCCCGGCUCUUCCAAGCUUGGUUCUCUCCAACGUCCGCUCCCUGAUCACACCACAAAAUUCACUGAAACAACGCGGGGGUGGUGUUGGCUGCUACAUCAACAGCAACUGGUGUACUGACUACAAGAUCUUGUCACAAACCUGCACCCCAGAGUUGGAGUCUCUCACGGUGAUAUGCAAGCCCUUCUACUCUCCAAGAGAAUGCUCUGCCAUUGUCCUGAUCAUUGUUUACAUCCCUCCCGACGCCUCUGCACCCUCUGCCUUGCAACAACUGGCGGAUCAUAUAAUGGAGGUGGAAAACAGCAACCCAGAUGCGGCUAUGAUCGCGCUGGGUGAUUUUAACCACGUCACCCUGAAAAAAGUCUUACCCAGAUACAAACCCCACAUCCACAUCGCCACCAGGUUGGAUAAAACACUGGAUCAGUGUUAUUCUCCAAUCCCCAAGGCUUUUCAUGCUGUGGCCAGGGCCCCCCUGGGUAAGUCCGACCACAACUCUAUUCUCUUGAUUCCCAAAUACCGUCAAAAACUGAAGGUAUCAAAACCAACUGUCAAACACUUUAAGUGCUGGUCCCCACAGGCCAUAGAAACAUUACAAGACUGCUUGGACUCCACUGUUUGGAGCAACUUCUGGUCUGACGGCCAGGAUGAUAUUGACUCCUUCACUGAUACUGUCACAGCCUACAUCCAAUUCUGUGAGAGUGUCUGCAUUCCUGUGAGAACUGUGACUGUCUUUAAUAACAGUAAGCCCUGGUUUAAUAAUGAACUAAGACUGCUCUGUAGGAAGAAACACUCUGCCUUCAAAUGUGGUGACAUGACUAAUUACAAAAAAUUGAAAUAUGAUUUUCAGCGAGCUGUGGUGAAUGCCAAAGCUUCCUAUAAAGCUAAACUUGAAAAAAAAUUACAGGCAAAUGAUAUUAAAGGUGUCUGGCAAGGGCUGCAGGACAUCACUGACUUUAAAACAAAACAUCAUGCUCCAGUCAGCGACCCAGCCCUCCCUGAUAAGCUUAAUAAUUUUUACUGCCGCUUUGACGACGGUGUUCAGCUGCCUGCCCCCUGUUACAAAGAACAAGGUGGCCCUCCACCCACUGUUUUUGAACAUGACAUCAGAAUUUUGUUGCGCCAGCAAAACACCAGGAAGGCAUCUGGGCCUGAUGGUGUGGCAUCUGCUACACUUAGACACUGUGCUGACCAACUUACCCCUGUCCUCACUUGUAUUUUCAACUGGUCUCUCCAACUUGCUAUUGUGCCUGCCUGUUUCAAAUCUGCUGUGAUUAUCCCAGUCCCAAAGAAACAUAAAAUCACUUGUCUUAAUGACUAUAGGCCUGUUGCCCUAACAUCUGUCAUUAUGAAAAUCUUUGAGCACCUGUCCCGCAUUACCUUAGACCCCCAGCAAUUUGCCUACAGAACAAAUAGAAGCGUGGAUGAUGCAUCCCUAUACACACAUUUCUGUCAGUCUCACUCCAAUUCAGUUUUGUUGUACAAGUUUGCAGAUGAUACAUCAGUUGUUGGCCUCAUCACAAACAAGGAUGAAUCUGACUACCGCAGGGAAGUGGACGAGCUGGUGGGUUGGUGUGAUAGGAACAACCUGAUUCUUAACAUCUCUAAGACCAAGGAACUGGUCGUUGACUUUAGGAAAACCUCUGGCCCCCUCUCCACUCUCUCUAUCAAGGGGGUGGAGGUGGAGAGGGUCACUCACUUCCAGUUCCUUGGGACUACUAUUCAUGAAUCCUUAUCAUGGGACCUUAACACCAACAUCAAGAUCAGCAAAGCCCAUCAGCGACUUCACUUCCUGUGGCAGCUCAGGAAGUUUAAAGUCAGUCAGACAGCCAUGAUUCAUUUUUACAGAGCUACAAUUGAAAGUGUUCUCACAUUCUCCAUCCUUGUCUGGUUCAGUAACACCACCUCAUGGAACAAGACAAGGCUGGAAAGGGUUGUACGCAGAGCAUCCAAAAUCAUAGGCGCCAACCUCCCCUCACUUUCCUCCCUCUUUUCAUCGCGCUUGGGACCCGUCAACAGUGAACAGGCCAUGAGCCCAGAAGAUAUUAUUGAAGAAAGUAUUUACCUGCUGACUGUGACCUCCCAGAUUGUAGGGGGCACCACUGAGACGUUGUGUGUCCUGGUCAGACCCUUUGCAAAUGUUUCUGUGGAAGUAAACUUGAACUAUAACAAAAAAAGUCUCAGUGUUCUGAAGAAAGCGAAUAUACAGGAAGAAUACUACAGCUGCGUCCAGUUCAAGGUUCCUGUCGUAACCAUGAAGGUGGUUGCAUCCUUUGAUAUUCAGAUAAAACAGUUAACAAAAACCCAGAGCAACUCAACCCAGAUCCUCAUCGUACCUCCAGCAUCCCUGAUCAUCAUUCACACAGACAAACCCAUCUACAAACCAGGAGAAAAUGUGAAGUUCCGCAUCGUCUCUCUGGAUAUCGAUUUCUUCACCUACAAUCAGACGUUUCCAACAAUAGUAGUGAAGGACCCAAGCUCGAACCGCAUCGGUCAGUGGCUGAACAUCUCCACAAACAGCGGUUUUGUGGAUCUGUCAUAUCCCCUAAACUCUGGGGCCACAAAAGGAGUUUAUGACAUCAUCGUUACGGACAAGAACAACAACGAGGUCACACAAUCCUUUGAAGUCAAGCACUACGUUCAACCUAAAUUUGAAGUUACAGUCCAUCUUCCUCCAAUCAUAACCAUCCUGGACACAGAAUUCACAAUUAAAGUGUGUGCACAUUAUAUAUACGGGAGGCCAGUGAAUGCAUUAGUGAGGGCCACCGCAUGCCAGAAAUCUUCUGGAAAGGAACAAGAUAUCUGCAAGAAAGUUUCCAUGGCGACUGACAAGACAGGCUGUGGAGAAAAGGUCUUAACAUUGAGUGACUAUGUAUUUGGCAAUUCACGCUAUGAACCGUCGAUUAAAGCUGAGGCUGAAGUGGAAGAAGACGGCAGUGGCGUGAUCGUGACCGGUUCAAUCAGCUCUGUAAUAACAUCUGAUGUCCUCAUACUUUCAUUUGAGGAUUCACCAAGAAUAUUUAAGCCUGGAAUGACAUAUGAAGGAAGGGUACAGUAUGAAAUGGAUAAAUCAAGUUCUGUAUACCAGAAGAAGUACUACCCCACAGCUGACCUCGUCCUUCAGCCGUUCUCCUCCAAGACCAAGAGUUUUAUUGAACUGAAGAGCUGCAGUAAGGUUUGGAGCUGUGGGAAAAACUCCAUCGUCCAGGUUCAGUACAUGAUAGAGAAGAGUGAGCUCCCGUCAGAGCAGAAGCCCUUGGCCUUCUACUACAUGGUCAUGAGUAAAGGACAUUUGGUUCACGAAGGAAGUAUCCUAGAAACCAUAAACCCUGAAAGAGAAUGCCAGGGCACCCUGGUGAUUACUCUGCAGAAGACGCUAAAGUUGUCCCCAGUUGCUCAGGUGGUCGUGUACACAGUCCUUCCCAGUGGUGAGGUCGUGGCAGGCAGCAGGAACUUUGCAAGUCAGCUGUGUUUGGAUAACAAGGUGUUUGUAGAACUUCAACCUUCUACGCAGAUUCCUGGUGGUAACGCAACACUGACGCUGACAGCUGUUCCAUAUUCGCUGUGUUCAGUGAAGGCGAUCGAUCAGAGUUUGCUGCUGCUGCACCCAGAGAAAGACGUCAGCCUCGAGUCUUAUAUUGGAGUUAAAACCCUCACCAAUCUAGACAUAAGGAACUCUUCACAAUGUACAGACAUGGUGAAUGCCAAGAAGGAGAGCUUCACUGAACAACCCACUUCAGUUGGCCAAUCAGCCAAUAUGAUCCACAGACACUUCCUUGAUACAUGGAUUUGGGAUCUUGUGACAGUUAGCUUCUCUGGAAAGAUGACCAUUAAUAAAACAGUCCUGGACCCCCUCACUACAUGGCAAGCUGGCGCAUUUUGUACAUCGCCUGCUGGAUUCGGAGUCGCCCCGAAAGCUGAGCUCACUGCCUUCCGACCUUUUAUUGUGAGCAUCACCAUGCCAAGCUCCGUCAUUUACGGAGAAGUGUUCACACUCAAAGCCACUGUCUUCAACUACCUCCAAAAGUGUAUCAUGGUAAACGUGACUUUGGACAAGCCAGAAAAUUUCACAGCACAAGGCUGUAAUGGUUGCUCUUACACACAAUGUCUGUGCUCUGAAGAAACCUGGACCUUCUCUUGGAUCAUCACACCACUGACUCUGGGGGAUGUGAGCAUCAGGGUGAAAGCAGAGGCCAUCAAGUCAUCGAGUCUGUGUAGGAAGAAUAAAGUUGUUGUACCAGAGAAAGGACACAUCCAUUCAGUUGUUAACACACUGCUAGUGAAGGCUGAUGGAACCAAACAGUAUAAAAGUUACAAUGAGCAUCUCUGCACAUCAGCUGCGCUUAAGAAGACGGUCUCCUUAACCCUGCCUGAUCUAGUCGUGGGUGGUUCAGCUAUGGGCUCAGUCUCUGUGCUGGGAGAUCUGAUGGGCCGAGCUGUAAAGAACCUGGCGAGUCUCCUGGCGAUGCCGUACGGCUGUGGAGAGCAGAACAUGCUGCGCUUCGCCCCCAAUAUCUUCAUCCUGGACUACCUGGAGAGCACCAAACAGCUCACACCUGAGAUCAGGAGCAAAGCUGAGAACUUCCUCUUGAACGGAUAUCAGAGCCAACUGGGCUACAAACACACUGAUGGCUCUUACAGUGCUUUUGGGAUGGAGGAUGAAUCAGGCAACACAUGGCUGACCGCAUUCGUGAUGAAGUCUUUUGGACGUGCGAAGCGAUAUAUCUAUAUAGAUCAGGUGCAUGUGGAUCAGGCAAAGACCUGGCUCGGUCGACAGCAGCAGGAUAACGGAUGUUUUGCCUCAGUGGGACAACUCCUCCACACCGACAUGAAGGGAGGAGUGAAUAAUGAGGUGACCCUCACAGCAUAUGUCACGUCUGCAAUGCUAGAACUCAAUUAUACAGUGAAAGAUCCUAUAGUGAAAAACGGUGUUACAUGCCUGAAGAAUGUGUAUAAUCAGGUGAAGUCCAUCUAUGCCAAAGCUCUCCUCUUCUACACCUUCAGCCUUGCUAAAGAUCAGGGGAUGACUGACACAUUCAUCGAAGACUUGGAUGUAGAGGCCAUGAUAUCAGGUCGUAUGAGAUACUGGAGCAGAGCCAAAAAUGGGUCAGUGACAGACUCUUUGGAUGUGGAGAUGACAGCAUAUGUGCUUCUGGGUCUGGUGUGCACAUCCCGUCUGUCUAAAUUUGAUCUGAAUUAUGCUUCCGCCAUCGUCGAAUGGCUUACUCAGCAGCAGAACGCCUUUGGGGGCUUUGCGUCUACACAGGACACUGUUGUGGCUCUUAACGCUCUGGCGAAAUACAGUAAAGUGCACUACAAACCAGCAGGAAAUAUUAGUGUUGCUAUAGCAUCAUCAUCAGGGCUGAUUACCUCAUUUACAGUCACUCAGAGUAACAGGUUGCUGUAUCAGGAGAGUCAGCUGAAGGAGGUUCCUGGAGAUUACAGAAUCAAAGUAAAAGGGAAAGGCUGUGUGUACGUGCAGUUCACUUUGCAAUAUUACAUCCCUCCUCCUCCUGAUCGCUCUUCAUUCAGCAUCUCGGCCUCAGCGUCUGGAAACUGCAAGGUCCCAAAUCCAUCUCUGAAUGUGACCAUUACUGUCAUGUAUACCGGUCAGCGUGAGGAUACCAACAUGGUGGUCAUUGAGGUCAAGCCUCUUUCUGGAUUCAGGGUGGACUUGAACUCUGUGCAGCUCAUGAACAGCAAAUCAAAGUCCACUGACGGAGUUGUGAAACGUGUGGAUGAAAUUGAGGGGACUGUAAACAUCUACCUGAAUAAACUGUCAAAAAAAGUGAAGAGGAUGUACACCUUGACAAUCAUACAGGAACUUUCAGUGGCGUACCUGAAACCUGCUUUUGCAAGGGUUUACGACUACUAUGAGAUCAGUGAGAAAGCUGCAACUGAGUACACCUACCCAUGUGGAUAUAGCUGA